CCAUUGUAACUGUGCUUUGCUCUGCAAAUAAUGUAAAACAAUACUUGCAGCUACAAAGGUGUAUUAGUUUCAUGUCUGUACUACAUUUCAAUAAUAUGGUGUUAAUAUCUCUUAAGUGUGAUCAGUUAUCAUUAUGUGAAAUAAUUUAUAAAGUUCAUCAAAAUUCAAUACUCGAGUAAAAUUUAUUUGAUCCUUUGGGAAAAGACACAAAAUUGCUGCAUCGAACUUAUUGUACAGGAACGCAUUUGAUGAAGAGAAUAGACUUUAUUUCGUAUUGCAUAUUAUUUACUUGAUCGUGUUUUAUUAUACUGUAUUGUUUAAGGGUGUAUCACACAUUGUGGCUAUUUAUCUCAUUUAGUAUUGAUAUAUAUCUAGUUAUAACCUUAGAUAACAAUUUUUUAUGUCUUCUAGACUGAACACCAUUACUAAACCUUUAAUUCUGAAUAAAAGAAUUAUGGGACAGAAUCCCAGCUCUUCAUUUGAUUUAAAUGAACUGAAAGAUGAUGUUUGCCGAGGAACUCAAACAUUAAAAGAACUUGCUGUUAUAUCUUAUGACGAAUUCCUUGAAAAAGUUAAAGAAUUAAACCGCAUAUGCCAGACUUUGAGCAGAAAAAUAUCUGAAAGAUCAAACAAUUCUAAAUCUCUAUUGUUAUUUGCUGUGAAAAAAGGAACUGAUGAAUCUAUAUUGUGGAAAGGAACUGUGAGGAUAGGAUGUGUUUUGAAUUUCCAUGCAGAUGCUAGUCCAGGGGCGGCCAACAGUUUUUGCCCCCAGGCCGAAUUGGAAAGAAAACUUUUUUCAUGGGCUGAACCAGAGGCUGCCUUAGUAAGAUUUUUCUCCAGGAUGGCUAUAAUCAUUCCAUUAACUUUGUCACCUAGAAUAGCUAGUGAAAAAGCUAAGAACUACUGCUAUCUGUUCAUUUACCAGGUGAUCAUUAUUGUAAUAUUAUUGCAUUUUAGCAUUAAUGCCGAGUUGUCUGAUCCAAUGGAAUGUUGUAUUUGUAUGGAAAGGGAUUCUGAAAUAACAUUACCUUGUGCUCAUAGUUACUGUCUCGUUUGUAUAGAACAAUGGAAUGUUUCCAAUAAAACAUGUCCGAUAUGUCGCGAGAAACUGGAAAAUACAGACGACUCUUGGGUUAUGUCCGAAAUACCAGAUACAGAGAUAGUUUCUGCUGAAUUAUUACAAACACUCAUGGGAAUGAUUGAAAAAAUAACAUGAGAAAAGUUCUAAACUGAAUUACUUCAAAUUACUUAUCAUUGUGUAUUAUAAAUAAUGAUUUUUUUCAUAGGUAACAAUCAAAUAAAGAUUUAAGUUUAGAACACAUUUAUUUAUGUAAUCUAAAAUAUUAAGAUAUUAGUUAUGUUAAAUGAUUGUAAUUUUAAUGGUGCAUGAAAUCAGUGUAUAUUCAGCUCAUUUUUUAAGAAAAUUUUUGGUAUUAUGAAGAUAUUUUCCCCAAAUUAAUCUGCAAAGUUAUAUAAAGUAAAAUUGUUAGUUUAGUUUAAGAGUGAACAUAAAUAUCAGCACCUAUUUAAUGUUUUGUGUAAUAUGAAGGAAGUAAUGUUAUCAAUUCAGAAAAUAUUCUGUAGCACAUAAAUUCUUAUAUUGUGUAUUUUUCCUCCAUAUGAUUACCCCAUUAAUGGCUAGAUCAUAAUGUAAAUGUUACAUUAAUAGUUACAAGUCAACACAGUAAUUUAAAAUAAGAAUCUCUCUAAUAAAACUCAUUAUUUUAAUUGGAAUCUAUAAAAAUAUGUCUGAAACUGUAGCAUUUCCAUUAUGACAACUUUUUAUGUUAUCAAAAUUUUUAAAACUGGGUCCAAUAUUAAAAGCUUUUCUUGUAAUAAUUAGUAAGAAACAUUUUCAAUAGAAACUUUUAUCUGAUUUGAUUCCUUGACAUUUAAAUCUAUUUUAAAUGAACUGGAAAUCAUUUGAUCCAUUUCGAUCAGACAUUAUAAGAGAAUGAAAUACAGUGGGUAAUCGAUUAACGAACAAAUCGGAUAACAAACACUUUCACGAAAGAUUUUUUAUGAUCGGACAACGAACACUUCACUGAAAAAACAUAAGAAGAAGUGACGUAAAAUGACAAAUGUUGAUCGGUCUUCCUUUGUCUUCAGGCAACAAUUCGAAACUUUUCGAAGUGCGGGAGAUGUCGACAUCAACAUUCUACCCAGUAUAUACUGAUCGAAUAGUAUUCCCCUGAACUCCGAAACUUUCCUUUGUAAUUCCAGCCUUUUAUAUUUCUGACAGAAACAAUUCUUUUAC